CUAGCAUGUCUCUGUUUUGUAGUCUUGUGUUGCCCCUAUUCAUUCUCCUCCCUCUUAUUAGCUACAAUGUUUAUGGUGUCGGAAUAAACUAUGGAACUAUCGGAAACAACCUCCCUUCACCGAAAAAAGUAGCUCAGCUACUUCAAUCCACAAUAUUCGACAAAGUUAAGAUCUACGAUACCAAUCCUGAAAUCCUUGAAGCUUUUUCCAACACUGGCAUUGAUCUCAUUGUUGCUGUUGAAAAUUCCCACAUCAGAAACUUAAGCGCAACUCAAUCCAAUGCGGAUAAGUGGUUCGUUACUCGUAUAUUACCUUUCAUUCCUUCCACUUCCAUCGUCACCAUUGCCGUUGGAAAUGAGUAUUUAACCGACGAUCAAUUAUUAGAUCAUAACGCAUUACUCCAAGCAAUGGAAAAUCUGCAUUCAGUUUUACUAUCACGCGGAUUAGACCGCAAAAUUAAAGUGUCUACACCACAUAGCAUGGCUGUUCUUGCUUCUUCAUUUCCACCAUCUUCGUCUACAUUUGCUACCACUCUCCUUCCUGUUAUGACUUCUAUUGUCGCGCUUUUAGCUGAUACAAAUUCCCCUUUCAUGAUUAAUGCUUAUCCAUAUUUUGCUUACCGGGACAAUCCCAGUAUGGUUAAUUUAGAAUACGCGUUACUGGGUAACGCGUCUGGGGUACGUGACCCUAAAGGUUACGUAUAUAGUAACAUGCUAGAUGCACAAAUUGAUGCGAUUAGAUCAGCAAUCAAUGCAUUGGGAUUUGGGAAUCGGACUAUUCAAAUAGUGGUAUCAGAGUCAGGAUGGCCAUCGAAAGGAGAUGCAGCUGCGACUAUUGAAAAUGCUAGAACUUAUAAUACUAGAUUAAUUGAACGUGCUCAGUCGAAUAAAGGUACUCCGAUGAGCCCUAAAGAUCGAAUCGAUGUUUUUGUGUUUGCGUUAUUCAACGAAAACAAGAAACAAGGAGGAAUUAGUGAGAGGAAUUUUGGGAUUUUCAACGGUGAUGGAACGAAGGUUUAUGAUGUGGAUUUGAGUUGUGAAUUUUGUAGUAAUGAGAAAUUUGGAGGGAAAAUAGAGUCGUCUUUGUUAAGAAGUCGUGGACCUUCAGUCUGGUGUGUGGCUAAGCCGCAUGCGGAUGAGAAGGUAAUACAGGCUGUGCUUGAUUUCUGUUGUGGGCCUGGGGGCGUGGACUGUAGAGAGAUAGAUGAAAAUGGGGACUGUUUUCAACCUGAUAAAGUUUACGGCCAUGCAUCCUACGCGAUGAACGCGUAUUAUCAGCUGCAUGGGCGGAAUUAUUGGAACUGUGAUUUCAAAGGAACUGGUCUUGUUACAUUCAGUGAUCCAAGUUAUGGAAAAUGCUUCUAUUCGCAUCAGUGACAUGGAAUCAGAAAAGGGAAGGGGUGUGUGAUGAACGCCUUAAUUUGUUAUUCUUAAACUAUAGUAUAACAAUUUUAUGUAAUCCCCCCUGCCAUCAUGAAUUAAAAUUUCUCUCUUUUGACUAGAAA